GAACCUCUCCGGAAGCUUUUCUGUACAUGGGACUCCAGAAAUUGAUAAUCGGUCUUUUUCUCGCGCUAUCACUCGAGCCCUCACCAGCACUCCCUUGCCCCAUCUUGCGCAAGAGCUGCCGGAAAUCAUCAUCAGCUUCAUCGAUGGCAAUAGGAACCUGGCACAGUGAACUCUCGCGGUUCGGCUUUCUUCGGACUUGGGCACAGCGCGUGCUGUUCCGAGCGCACACUCAGAACCGAUCAAAAACGAUCAAAGGCCAGAGGAUUCCCGAAUAUUUCCAGAUGGAGCCGGUCAACGGCUCUGACCAUCCGCAUCGCGCAUAUUCCGUACGUGUCGAUCGUAUAGAUGCAUGGAGGUUUCCGAGCGGACGGGAAACUCGUC